AUGGCGGUCAUGUCGGUGAGUCGCGUGGCACCCGCGCCCUCGACUCGGCCGGGGGCGCGGUCGGGCGCGCGCGCACCGAGUAGAGGACCGGGUCCAUCGUCGUCGUUCAGUGGACGGGGCUCCAGGAGGUGUGCUCCUCUGAGGGCACGCUAUGGCAUGACCCUCGGGGAAUGGUGCGACGAGAACGGCGAGUACGGCGAUAAGCUGCUGGAGGAGUGGUACGAUCCUGAUAGGACGGUGGAGGAGGUGACGAGAGGCAAUAGAGUGUACAAGGGGCUGUGGAGGUGCUCGGCGGGAUGCACGAAGGACGGGGAGGCGUUCACGUGGGAGGCAACGGUGGGCCAUCGCACCAAUUCAGAACGUCCUCGAGGGUGCCCGGGCUGCGCAAGAAAAUCGCCGACGGAUCAAAACAACCUACUGCAGUGGUGCCAGGAUAACGGUGAACACGGCCGGAAGCUGAUCGAGGAGUGGGCAGAGCCGACAUUGGCCAUGAAGGACGUGACGCCCGGGUCAACGAAGAAGCUGUCGUGGAGGUGCUUGGCGGGAUGCACGGAGGACGGGGAGGCGAUCACGUGGGAGGCAUCACCGAACAAUCGCACCGGUUCACUUCGCACAGGGUGCCCGGGCUGUGCAGGUAAAUCGCCGACGGAUCAACACAACCUACUGCAGUGGUGCCAGGAUAACGGUGAACACGGACGGAAGCUGAUCGAGGAGUGGGCAGAGCCGACAUUGGCCAUGAAGGACGUGACGCCCGGGUCAGAAAAGAAGAUGUCGUGGAGGUGCUCGGCGGGUUGCAAGGAGGACGGGGAGCCAUUCACGUGGGAGGCAAGGGUGCACGAUCGCACCGGUUCGGAUCGUACAGGGUGCCCGGGUUGCAGUCCUAGCACGCCGAUAAGCCUGCAGAAACGCCUAGGAAAAGUAGCACGAUGA